CCAUCCAGCCAAACUAGCAUCCAAUACUAGCCAGCUGCUAUAUGAAUAAAUAAAGCCUUGCUACUACUCUCCUCUUAGUCAUCACAAACCUCAUUUCAUCAACCACAAAACAAAGGUACAUCUGCAUGCAUUCUCUUGUCUGGUUUUCUCAGUUGGUUUAAUACUUUUACUGUCAAAACUACCUUCUACAGCUUAAAUACUCCUCAUGGCUCAACCUCUUCUCAGCAUCCGUCACCGUUUCGAAUCAACUUUCUCCAAUCACCGCCAGGAGAUCUUUCUGUUUCUCUCAAGAAUCCAAAGUCAUGGAAAUGGGAUCUUGAAGCCUCACCAGCUUUUGUCUGAGUUUCAAGCAAUUAGCAAAAUUGACAGGCUCAAACUAGAAGAUUCUGCCUUUGUUCAACUGCUCAACUCUACACAGGAAGCCAUAGUUUGUUCUCCUUGGGUAGCACUUGCUAUCCGGCUCAGGCCUGGUGUGUGGGAAUAUGUAAGACUUGAUGUCCACCAGCUUGUUGUUGAGGAACUGACUGUGCCUGAUUAUCUUUACCUUAAAGAGGAACUCGUCAAUGCAUCAAGCAAUGGCAACUUUGUCCUUGAACUAGACUUUGCCCCCUUCACUGCUUCUAUUCCUCGCCCAACGCUUACCAAGUCAAUUGGAAAUGGAGUUGAGUUCCUCAACAGGCAUCUCUCUGCGAAGAUGUUCCAGGACAAGGACAGCAUGCAUCCACUUCUUGAUUUUCUCAGACUCCACCACCACAAUGGCAGGACAUUGAUGCUAAACAACAGAGUUCAAACAGUAAAUGGUCUUCAAGAUAUCUUGAGGAUAGCAGGGGAAUAUCUUUCUAAACUCCCAUCAGACACACCAUACUCUGAAUUUGAGCACAAGUUCCAAGAGAUUGGUUUUGAGAGGGGGUGGGGUGAUACCGCUGAGCAUGUUUCUGAAAUGUUUCAUAUGCUUCUGGAUCUUCUGGAGGCCCCUGAUGCAUGCACCCUUGAGACAUUUUUAGGGAAGAUCCCGAUGAUCUUUAAUGUUGUUAUACUGUCCCCUCAUGGUUACUUUGCUCAAGAGAAUGUUUUGGGAUACCCGGACACUGGUGGCCAGGUUGUCUACAUUUUGGAUCAAGUUCCAGCAAUGGAACGUGAGAUGACUAAGCGUAUAAAGGAGCAAGGACUUGAUAUCAUACCUCGCAUAUUAAUUGUGACACGCCUUCUGCCAGAUGCAGUAGGUACUACUUGCAAUUUGCGCCUUGAGAAAGUGUUUGGAGCUGAACACUCACAUAUACUUCGGGUGCCCUUUAGAACCGAGAGGGGAAUCUUGAGAAAAUGGAUAUCACGCUUUGAAGUUUGGCCCUACAUGGAGACUUUCACAGAGGAUGUUGCAAAAGAAAUUGCAGUAGAGUUAAAGGCCAAGCCAGAUUUGAUCAUUGGCAACUAUAGUGAGGGGAAUCUUGUUGCAUCAUUGCUAGCAAAUAAAUUGGGUGUAACCCAGUGUACUAUUGCGCAUGCUUUAGAGAAAACAAAAUACCCUGAUUCUGACAUUCAUUGGGAAAAAUUCGAUAAGAAGUAUCACUUCUCUAGUCAGUUUACAGCUGAUCUUAUCGCAAUGAAUCAUACUGAUUUCAUCAUCACCAGUACAUUCCAGGAAAUAGCUGGAAGCAAGGAUACUGUUGGACAGUAUGAGAGUCAUACUGCCUUUACCAUGCCUGGAUUGUACCGAGUUGUCCAUGGGAUAGAUGUAUUUGAUCCAAAAUUCAAUAUUGUGUCACCAGGUGCAGACACAUCUGUCUACUACCCCUACACGGAAAAGAAAAGGAGGCUGACAGCACUUCACCCUGAAAUCGAAGACCUCCUUUUCAGUUCAGUUGAAAAUAAAGAGCAUAUUUGUGUCUUAAAAGACAGGUAUAAACCUAUACUGUUCACUAUGGCAAGGUUGGAUAAUGUGAAAAACUUGACAGGACUUGUUGAGUGGUAUGCUAAAAACCCCAAGCUACGUGCAUUGGUCAACCUAGUAGUUGUUGGUGGAGACCGAAGGAAGGAAUCAAAGGAUUUGGAGGAACAAGCCCAGAUGAAGAAAAUGUAUGGACUAAUUGACACCUACAAGCUGAAUGGUCAAUUUAGAUGGAUAUCUGCUCAGAAGAACCGUGUGAGGAAUGGUGAACUUUAUCGUUGCAUAGCUGAUACCAAGGGUGCUUUUGUGCAACCUGCAUUCUAUGAGGCUUUUGGUUUGACUGUUAUUGAAGCAAUGACCUGCGGUUUGCCAACAUUUGCAACAAUCCACGGUGGUCCAGCUGAGAUCAUUGUUCAUGGGACCUCAGGUUUCCAUAUUGAUCCUUAUCAUGGUGAGGAAGCGGCUGAGCUCCUUGUUAAUUUCUUUGAGAGGUGCAAGACUGAACCUUCUCACUGGGAGACUAUUUCAGCUGGAGGCCUGAAACGCAUCCAGGAGAAAUACACUUGGCAAAUCUACUCUGAGAGGCUGUUGACCUUGGGCGGGGUUUAUGGAUUUUGGAAGCAUGUCUCCAAGCUUGACCGCAUUGAGAUCCGUCGUUAUCUUGAAAUGUUUUGUGCUCUCAAGUACCGCAACCUGGCUGAAUCUGUUCCACUUGCUGUUGAUUAAUUCGGGACAAGAACAAGCAUUGUUGCAGUCAAACAGAGUUUCUAAAGGUUUAUUAUGCUUAUCAAAACGAUUAAUAAAAAGAAAUAAAGUUCCGACGACAGAAGUAUUCUGGGAUUUCCUUAUCCCCCGUAUUUUUUCUUCCCUGCUGUGUUUUUUCCCUUUUUUUUAGUGUCAAACUGGUUGUGUCUUUGAGCUAACACUGUUAGCAAUGUCAAAGAUGUAAUUCAGGGUCGUUUAACCUGUAUUGCUUUCAGUUCCUAAAUGUUCAUUCGAAAAUAAAGAUCAGUCUUUGUUGCAAAUUGUAUUUUAUUUUCCCUUCUUGCAAAGAAAUGUAUGUACGGUCUGAUAACAGAUCACAAAUAACAGAGAUAAUUUUUAUUUAGCAA